CCAACGUCUGCAUCGCCUGCCCCGCGCCUCCCCGACUUGCCAGUACGGCAUUGCUGUCGGUUCGCGGACCGUCGGGAGGCACGCUACGCUUACAACUAACAGUGUCUAACAGUACAUGCCCUAUAAGGAUGCCUUUUACCAAGGAGAAGCGACAGGAGCCAGAGCAGAAGCCGGAAACCAAGAAGAGGCGACUGGAGCCCGAGACCAACGCCAAGUGGUUUGAGCUUGCAAAAGGCAAGGACCCAGCUAUCCGGCUAUACACCCUCAGUCCUCAAGGCGGCGACGCCUGGUCAAAGAAGUGGGCGGGACGCCUGGAGGAGGAGCUGCAGAAGCUCUACAUGCCAACGUCCAGGAAGGAGCGCCGGGCUCUCCACAGCAAAUACGGGACCAAUAUGGAGAAAAAGACCAGCCCCGGUGUUGUAGGCGUGACCGUCCUCCUUCCCAAGUUCUUCAAGCUCUACCCAGACGUCAAGUUCGAGUUCAAGCAGGGGCGCCUCGCAGGGACCUACUACGGCCACACGGCGGAGGACGGCAAGAGCUGCUACCUGUCCACUGACAAGCCCAAGCCCAAGCCCUGAUUCACCACGACGGCAACAGCUACAAAACCGGUGUUUCUCAACACCACCAUAUGUACGGUACCGCUCCCCGGAAAUAGCGCUGCUGCCUGGGGCCGGCAUUGUCGGCUUGCAUGUACAGGGGUCUGCCUGUAGGGCCCAGGCCCUAGGGUCUUCACCCAUUGCGGCACGCACCCAUUCACCGCUACCCAAGCAGUACCCAUGCGCAGUACCCAUGCGUCUCCCCAAACCUUGCUUGCUUCCCCACGCACCUGGUGAAAGUGGUCGACAUGAAAUGCCACGGUUGCAAAGAUGCUGCCGCCGGAGAGCGAGGUAACACGUACGGCCCUCUUGUGACAGCUUCGUUCCAGCUUGGGGUUUGGCCAGUGGGCCAUCUUCACCGCCUCCCCGCCGAUGAUUGCGUAGACGUGGAGAACCCGGGUCAGGUCGAAGCCCUGUGGGAUAGCAGCGGAAGAGGCAGUGGGGUCAAACUGUCAAAGUCAGGCCC